AUGGGUCAAUUAAGCCACAUCGCGCUUAGAGUUCUUCAAGGCGCUCUGGCCGGAGCCAACCUUGGCCUAUCCGCAUACAUCGUAAAUUACCAUGGCGUGAAUAAUUUACAAUCUCCUCCUGAAGCAGUCGGCUUCCUGCUUUUCGCAUCAAUCUUGUCCAUCCUGUCCAUCCUGUAUCUCGAGCUCGCCCCCAGAUUCCUGAACCGCAUCGCCCAUCCGUACGCCUCCCUGGCUGUGCAGGGCCUCAACACGAUAUGCUACUUUGCGGGCUUUAUCGCCUUUGCCGUGUUUCGCGGCUACUUGGCCUUUUGCCAAGGAGAUGAGUGUAGUGCUAGUCGCGGCGACGCAGUCAUUGCCGCGGCCGCCUUUUGCGCGUGGAUUGCGUCUACCAUCAUGACGGCGAAGCAGAUGAUUGUCGGAGGGGUUGAAGCAAGAAGAAAAGCCGUGCAGAUGAGGGAGGUCCAGUUGUCGCGGGGGGAUUGA